AAGAAGAAGAAGACAGGUCGGUUUAAAAGCCUUUACUGCAACUUUAUGCUGUUUACACGGUUCAUUAGCAGAAGCAUGUCCUCCACUCUGUGUCGUCAUGUCGUCUGGGAGUCGGAGGGCCUGGUGGCCUACCUUCACCCCCGGCCCUGGACCCCGGGCUCCGUUAUUCUGGAGAGCAGCCGCCCCGGCAGCCCCGGGGGCAGCAUCUUCCACCUGCAGGAGGCAGAGUACUUGUCCUGGCUGUUGGGGGCGAGAGCCGUCGCAGAGCUGCUGUGUGAGCGGCUGGGGGUUCGGAGGUGUGCGUUGGUCAGCAGACCCCACAAGGACAGACCAGCUCAGAUCCGCGUCCUCCCCCUGCAUGGUCUGGAUGCAGAGUGGCGCCCUCACCUGGCUGGAGAAGAGGAGCACAACGCCCACGACCCGGGGUUCUGCACCUCCAAGACCGCCCCUCGAUGGAGCGAAUCCAGCCUUACUGAGAUCCAGACUAGGAUUCGAGCCAAGCUGCCCUCUCCCGACGCUCCACCUGAUCUGACCUUCCUCGGGGACGAUCCAGCUCACCCCGGCCUGUUCUCGCGUAUCGUCCGUGGGGAGGAGCAGCAGUGGCGGCUGUGGGAGGACGACGGCCACGUGGCCUUUCUCACUCCUUUCCCCAACUCUCCAGGGUUUACUGUGUUGGUUCCUCGGCGACCUUUGACUUCAGAUAUAUUCAGACUAGAAAAAGGGGACUAUGAAGACCUGGUGUUGGCUACGAAGAAGGUGUCGCGGCUCCUUGAGGAGGGACUGAGUGCCUGGGGGGUGGGCCUUAUUUUUGAGGGAUUUGAGAUUGACUAUGCUCACGCCAAACUGAUCCCACUGCUUCUACCUUCAUCGUCGGAGGCAGAAGAUGACGCCGCUAAACCACCAUCUCCCCAGUUUUACCCCACUUACCCCGGGUAUGUGAGUUCAGAAGAUGGACCUGAAGCCAGCUCAGACAGUCUCAAGGAGAUGCAGGCUAAAAUUACUCAGAGUUGAUGCUGUUACGCACAGUUUGGUUCCUACUGAAGCAACAAACAACAUGUUUCACUUUGU